CCAGGCUUAUUUUGUCUGAGAGGAAACAAAGUGCUGCAGACUAGGGAGGGGUCGGUGAGUUCCUGAGGAUUCCUAAGUCAGCCCUCUUUUUUUUUUCUUUAAAUUUGAUGUUCUUGAGAAACAUUGAAACCAGUAAUUAAUUAUAAACAAGUCCCUCCCUUUUCCGACCCCCGUUAUCUCUUUAAACGAAUCCUUUAUUACUGUUACAUUUUCCUUUCCUUCUUCCCUGAAGUGCUUUUCUUUGGUGCCUGAGGUUUGCCUGCUCACUACUGUGUGUUUUUGUGUUUAAUUUUUGCAAACUGUCUGGUGCCUGAAUCUCGUGUACCAGUUUCUUGGCUUUAGUGGGUUGGCAUCCUUGAUAUCCCUGCUCACGUUUAUACGAUAGGCUUUGAUCGCACUCUUAUUGGUCUCUCCCUCCUCCCCCUUCCCCAAGUCCGAUAUCUCCCACUCUUUCGUAGCUUCCUCCUCCUCUUGCCUUCAUCCUAGUCUUUCCUGCCGCAGUGUUAGACAGUCAGCACAUCCACGGUUUCCUGUUCCAGGCCCACCAUCCACUGCAAAUAACAGCGUUUCACGUGGGUAAUGGAGACUACAACCCCCAAGGUGCAGAAAACUGGCGGCCAGGCCAGUAAGCCUGCGACCCCUCUCAGCCCGACCCGGUUGUCCCGUUUGCGGGAGAAGGAGGAGUUGCGAGAGCUCAACGACCGUUUGGUGGCUUAUAUAAACAAAGUACGGAGCCUAGAGAGCGAGAACAGCUUGCUGCAGCUGCAGGUGACUGAGCGCGAGGAGCUGCGCGACCGAGAACUUACCGGGCUCAAGGCGUUGUACGAGACCGAGCUCGCGGAUGCCCGCAGGGCCUUGGACGACACGGCCAGCGAGAAGGCCCAUUUACAGAUAGAACUGGGCAAAUUAAAGACAGAGUACAAUCAGCUGCAGCUUAAUUAUAUCAAGAACACAUCAGAGCUUAAUGCUGCCCACAUCAAGCUCAGAGAACAUGAAGCUUCACUGAAUUUUCAAGAGGCUGCCUUGGCCACAGCACUUCGUGACAAGAAAAGCCUGGAGGGUAACGUGGAGGAACUGAGAGAACAAAUUGUGCAGCUGGAAGCUUCCCUGGUAGCUGCAAAGAAGCAAUUAGCAGAUGAAGCCUUAUUUAAAGUGGAUCUUGAGAACUGUUGUCAAAGUCUCACUGAAGAACUGGAAUUUCAUAAAAAUUUGUAUGAGGAGGAGCUCAAAGCAAUAAAAAGGAAGCAUGAAACGAGCUUGGUUGAAGUGGAUUCUGGACGUCAGACUGAGUAUGAGUACAAGUUGGCUCAAGCACUCCAAGAAAUGAGAGAGCAGCUCAAUGAAAAAGUGAAAUUGUACAAAGAAGAACUGGAACAAAGUUAUAAUGACAAACUUGAGAAUGCUAGGUUGUCUUCAGAGAUGAUUGCAUCCACUGUAAACAGUGCAAGAGAAGAACUGAUGGAAAGUCAUAUGAGGAAUGAGAACCUUUCCUCUCAACUUUCUAACUUACAGAAAGAGUUCAGAGCGUGUUUGGAUAGGAUGCACGAGCUAGAGGAUUUGCUUGAGAAAGAAAGAGAAAACUCUCGACAACUGCUGUCUGAUAAAGAAAAAGAAGUGGCAGAAAUAAGGGCUCAAAUGCAUAAAUAUUUACAUGAUUAUGAAGCACUUUUUGAUGUAAAGUUAGCCCUAGAUCUGGAAAUUAGCACAUAUAGGAAAUUGCUGGCAGUUGAGGAAGAAAGGCUGAAGCUUUAUUCAACCCCUUGUUCUCAUGUAACAGUGUCAAGAGUAUCCUCCAGCCAAAGUAUACGUACAAGUAAAGGAAAGAGGAGGAGGGUUGAUGUGGAAGAAUCAGAGGCAAAUAGUAGCAUCAGCAUCUCUCAUUCAGCCUCAGCCACUGGAAAUGUUUCCAUUGAAAAGAUAGAUGUUGAUGGAAAAUUUAUCCGCCUAAAGAACACUUCUGGACAGGAUCAACCAAUGGGAGGCUGGGAGAUGAUCAGAAAAAUAAGAGAUACAUCAGUCAGUUAUAAAUAUCUCUCAAGAUAUGUAUUAAAGGCAGGCCAGAGUGUUACAAUUUGGGCUGCAGAUGCUGGAGUCACUGCCUCUCCUCCCACUGACCUCAUCUGGAAGAACCAGAAUUCCUGGGGCACUGGUGAAAAUAUAAAGGUCAUAUUAAAAAACUCUCAGGGAGAGGAGGUUGCUCAAAGAAGUACAACCUUCAAAACAACAUUACAUGAAGAGGAGGAGGAAGAAGAGGAGGAGAAAGCUAUUGAAGCAAUUGAGGAAGAGAAUGCCUUUCAUCAGCAGGGAGAUCCAAGGGCAUCCAAGAGAAGCUGUACAAUUAUGUAAACUAUUCAAAUCAGUUAUUUCUCAAAUUAAUUGCUGUAAUCCUUAUCUACAUAUGCUUUAGAACCUUCUCAGAAGCACAAAGUAUUUUUAUAUUUCCUUUAUUUGAAUGUAUAAGCUAGAAGCCUAAUGGCCUUAAUUUCCUUUUAUCACUGAAAAACACAUUUUAUAAAAAAAAAAUCAUAUCCAUAACUUUUCUGUAGUCCCUGCAAGAUUUUCUGCCAUUAUUGUGUUACUGGGUUUUUCUUUUCUUUUCUUUUUUUAUUUUUGAAAGUCUUUAUGAGAAGGAGAAAUAAACCACUGUAUGUCUGGGUGUAUUUGGAGAUUGCUCCAUCUAGACCAAUCAUUGUGCUAUUGAUAAUUCUCUAUUCUGUAUAAUGUAAUGGUGCUGUGAGGGAGGGGAAAACAUUUUAAAUAUUUUGGACAUUUUUGUACUGAGGAAUUUUUUUUGUAAUAAUCAAGGUUAUAGAUUUUUUAAUAGAAAAAAAUGAAACUUUGUAAGAAAGUAAUAUUGUCUAAUUAUGUGAGUACUUUCAAUAAAGGAUACAACAAAACUUGUUUUAUUUGGUAUGUUUUAUAUUCUUAGGUUCUUACGCAAAAAGAUUGGGUUUGGGAUGGGACAAACGGAAGGAAAGUAGUUUCCAUAUUAAAAUACGUUAGUUGUAUUCUUUAAAUUUAAGGAAUUUAAAGAAAAUUUUUCUUAUAUUAACAAAUUAAAAAUUUUGCUUUAAAAUUAAAUAUGUUCAAAACAACUCUGAGGUAUCACCUUACACCUAGCAGAUUGGCUAACAUGACAGCAAAGGAAAAUAAUGAAUGCUGGAGGGGCUGUGGCAAAGUCGGGACAUUAAUGCAUUGCUGGUGGAGUUGUGAAUUGAUCCUACCAUUCUGGAGGGCAAUUUGGAAAUAUGCCCAACGGGCAAUAAAAGACUGUCUGUCCUUUGAUCCAGCCAUAUCACUGCUGGGUUUGUACCCCCAAAGAGAUAAUAAGGAAAAAGACUUGUACAAGUAUAUUCAUAGCUGCGCUCUUUGUGGUGGCCAAAAAUUGGAAAAUGAGGGGAUGCCCUUCAAUUGGGGAAUGGAUGAAAAAAUUGUGGUAUCUGUUGGUGAUGGAAUACUAUUGUGCUCAACGGAAUAAUGAAGUGGAGGAAUUCCAUGGAGACUGGAACAACCUCCAGGAAGUGAUGCAGAGCGAGAGGAGCAGAACCAGGAGAACACUGUACACAGAAACUGAUACACUGUGGUACAAUCGAAUGUAAUGGACUUCUCCAUUAGUGGCAAUGCAGUGAUCCGAACAACCUGGAGGAAUCUACGAGAAAGAACACUAUCCACAUUCAGAGGAAAAACUGUUGGAGUAGAAACACAGAAGAGAAAACAACUACUUCAAUGUUGAGGUCGAGGGGAUAUGGCUGGGGAUAUCGACUCUAAAUGAACAUCCAAUGCAAACACCAACCACAUGGAAAUAGAUUCUGAUCAAGGACACAAGUAAUACCCAAUGAAAUUGAGCGUCAUCUGCGGGAAGGGUUGGGGGAAGAGAGGGGAGGGAAAUAAUAUAAUUCUUGUAACCAAGGAAUAAUGUUCUAAAUUGACUAAAUAAAUUAACUUAAAUUUAAAAAUAAAUAAAUAAAUAAAAUGUGCUUUCUGUUUUUAGUUAAUAUUUUUAACAUUCCAAACCAAUAUAAAGAAAUUGAGGGUUAGGUAAUAGUCAGACUUAGGAAAGGAAGAAGUCUUUGAUUAAUUUGAGUUAAUUGAAUUUUCUCUUGAGCGCACCUUUGUCCAAGAAAAAAAUAGAUUACUUUUGUAACAAAUUAAGAAAAACCAGGCCAUGAUUUUGAGCUUGAGUUGAGCUCCAAUUGAUACUACAUACAGUAGACAUAUAAUUAGACUUAUACUGACUCUGAAAAAUAAACCAAAGGUGCCUCUCUGGGCCAUAAACUCUGAGGAACCUAUAGUGAAUAUAAACCCUUCAGAAAAGCAAAUACUAUCUUGUCUUGGUAAAUACAUUGCUGUUUUCUGCUACUGACUCAAGAAUUGUUUUUUGUUAUUCUUAUCAGGAAUUAGAAUUUGGUCAAGCUAUGCACUUAAUAUUCCAAAGUAGACAACAAAAGCUCUUUUUUCUCUUAUCUAUCACUGCUUAUAUACAGUUAACCUACAACUGGAACUACCCUUUCUAACUUCCUACUUACAGAUACAACCUAAAAGUUUAUAUAAGAUGACUAUUUUACAAUUAAUGAUAUAAAAGCAAUGCAUACAAUUUCAUCUUUUCAAUAGGGGGAGUAAGUAGUUAAAAUGAUAUUUAAUAAUUUUAUCAAAAUUAUUCUCUAAUAUGUUAUUCUGUUAAUUAAGAAAGAAUCAAAUUUACCUAAAUUUAGUUACUAGAUAAAACUAGAUGUUUUAUCAUAUCAUGUCAUUAAGAGGACCAAGUAUUCCGAAUAUGUUCGUUACAUGGUGUCUUGAACAUUUUGAUGAAAUAAUUAAUUAAUUCCAAGAAUAGGGACUAUGACUAGACACACACACUUUUCCCCCCCUUGCUUCUCGGAUCACUUGGUUAAGACACUGCAGAACUAGUCUAGGUUUCCUCAUGUCACAAUCUCCAGGGUGUGACAAAGAAAAAGGAAGUAUGUAGGCACUUUCAUCAUUGCAGAGGCUCUUAAUACUAUUCCUAUUCCUACUAUAUCUUAUUUAAAUCACCCAUUUACAGCUUAUCAAGCUAUUAUAGAGGAAUCCUUAUAAAGUGAUUAAAAGUUACUUAAUUAAAUUUCAUCUUAUGUCUGUUACUAAAAUAUUACCUUUUCAUUAGCCCUAGAAUGGUAUCAUUGAUGUACCCUGAAUGCACUUUGAGUUGUAUACUUUAAAUAAAACUGAGGCUUGUUUGAAAUUCAAUUGCAAUCUAAGUAUUAUUUCAUAUAACAUGUUAAACUCUGCUAUUCUGCCAUAUCUUGCUGCCUAAACUGUAUUUGCAGCACUUAUUGGAAGAUGGAAAGCACUAAAGCGAAUACAUUAGCAUAUAGAGACCCCAGUCGACUAAAUUUAAUAGCAAGGAUUGUUCUUUGUUUUUGUCUUUCUAAAGCCUAUCGUAGUAACUAGAGGGCAAAAUAGAAAUAGAAAGAAUCCACUGAUUGCCUCCUAAAAGAAACCCCAGGAAAGUCAUUGAAAAAAUAUUGCAAAUAGAAAGAAUUUAAGCUUUGAUGAGCCAGUCAGGUAUUCAUAUAAGAUUUAGGAGCUACCUCUUUAAUAGUGUGAAGAACAUGGAAUACAGCAUACUAGAGGGCAAAAGAUCCAGUUUAAUAAUCAAGAAUAAUUUAGUCCUAUAGGGGAGAAAUGGACUUUUAAUGAAACACUCAACUUCUAAGCAUUCUUGUUAAAAAGACUAGAUCUGAGUAGAAACUUUUCACUACAAGCAUUAGGAGAAAGAAUGGGGGGAAAAAAGGUAAAUUUGAAUGAAUAAUGGGAAGAGAUUUUGUCAGAAUGUGCUUGAAUUAUAAUGGGGAAUUGAUUCAAGAGACCCCUAAAGAUAGUCAUGUCAGCUAGUCACAGGAGUCAAAAAAUGUGGAGGGCCUGGGUAUGACUUUUGUUAUGUUGUGAUGGAUAUGGCACUUCAGCCUGUUUCCUUAUCCACAACAGAAAUUAGAUCAAAUGAGAUCAUAUGUAACAGACUUUAUCCUUUUUUAGCAUGCUAAUUUAGAAUUAGCAUUUAGCUAAAAAUUAACAUUUUUAGCAUAAAAAUUGAGUUCCAAAUUCUCUUCAUUCUUCUCCCCUCAGCCCCAGCCCUUCCCCUUCUUCCCUGAGACAGUAGCGAUCUGGUAUAGGUUUGACACGUGUGACUAUUUAGAACAUUUUUCUAUAUUAGCCAUUGAGGAAGAGACCUCAAACAAGCAAAGAAAAGGAAAGUGAAAUAUAUUUUGGUCUCUAUUCAUAUUCCUUCAGUUCUUUCUCUGGUUACAGAUGGCAUUUUUCAUCAUGAGUCUCUGGGACUGUCUUGGAUCACUAUAUUGCUAAGAAAAACUAAAUUCAUCAAAAAAUACAGCUGUUACUAUGUACAAUACUCUCCUGGUUCUGCUCACUUCACGUUUCAUCAGUUUAUGUAAGACUACAGAUUUUUUAAAAAUCUUCUUGCUCCUCAUUUUUUUUUCAAUUUAUGUAUUUAAUUAAUUGAUUUAGAAUAUUUUCCCUUGGUUACAUGAUUCAUCUUCUUUCCCUCCCCACUCCCAUAGCCAAUGAGCAAUAAUACUGGGUUUUACAUCUAUCAUUGAUCAAGACCUAUUUCCAUAUUAAUGUUUGCAAAAAAGUAAUCAUUUAGAGUCUAUAUCCCCAAUCAUAUCCCAAACAAACCUUGUGAUCAAACAAAUGGUUUUCUUCUAUGUUUCUACUCCCUGUGAAGAUGGGAUUAACUCUCCCCUGCCUGUUUUUAGAUUUAAUUAACAGAAGUGUACAGAAGUAUACACCCCAUUUUAUCCUUAAGUGGGGGAGGUCUGUGACCCAUGUGUGCGAUAGUGGGUGAUGAAUCAAAAUUGACUGACUGUCCCCUGGGCAGUCCUAAGCAAAGCUAUAGCUGCAAUUGGUUCACAUAAAAUGGAAUGAUGGCACAGGAAGUGACAAAAGGAAAGGUCUUUAAAAGUAGGAGAAACUCCAGCUCUUUCAAAAACAAAGUUAACAGAGUUUUAGCCUUGUUUGCUCCUGGAAGUCUACUUUCUCUUUUUUCCAAGCCCUAUGUGUCUCUAGAAUUAACUUAAGUGAGAAGUGAAACCUGGGGAGAUCAGUCAGGAAGAGUAGUGUUAAGGUGACCAAAAACUGGUCUUCUUUUUACCCUAAGAGCCCAAAUAAGAGAAAAAAUAAUUUAUAAAAACUCUUAUUGCCCCAGGCCAACUCAGAAAAGUGGCAUUUUUGCCCAAAGAGGAAAGCUCAGGGUCAGAAGCUCUAUGUUCUAACAUUUUACCCUUAGGGGGAAGGCAGCUGCCUUCCCCUUGCCCUACCUAUACUUAACCUCAGGGCAAAAGGUUUCUGUACCUGCCCUCUACCCAAAAGUCAAUUAGAUCAAGGUGUAUAGGUGUGUCUACAUCCUUAAGGAGACCACACCCUCACCCUAACCCCUAGCCAGUAGCACCAUCUACUGACAAAAAUUAGAAUUGCAAGCAUGGCCCAGUUUUCUGCUUAUCUCAAACAGUUCCCAUUCCAGGAGAGCAUUACAGAAUUCACAUAGCUCAAAGUUUUUGGAUUAUCUUCUUUUACUUUUUAUAAAGCUUUUUUUCUUAGUGAAAAUUAUGUACACUCCUACUGUGGAUCAUAGCUAAGUGAAAAAAGAAAUGGAUCUCAUUUUUGAGUGAGAAACCUUUGCAUUCUGCCUCUCCUUAGGCAAACACAAUGUGUCAUUGAUUGUGAACUAUAUAUUUUUUAUUUUUUAAAAAAUAUUAUUGCUUUUCCUUUGUGCAUUAGAGUAUUUGAUUUUUCUUUUUUCUCUCAUUUUUUGUACUUGAAGCACAUGUUACCAAUAUUAAUCUUUUUUGAUUUUGCAGUAAUAUAAGUUUAAAAUAUAUAUUUGCUAUAAUACUAAUGCAUACCCAAAAGCUUUAGACUAUAUAAACCUGCCAUUUAUUGAUAAAUGUUAUGAGACUGUGAUUAAUGAUUGUGUCUGAUUCCAGGAGAAGGGAACAAAAGAGCCAUUACACAGUCCAAAAGAAGCACAAGUUCAAGGAGACAUACCAAUCCCAAUGGGAUUGAUGAGAAUCUGCACAGUGCCUAGAAGGACAAGGUCAAAAAAGACCAAACCAAUCCUGGUGGGAUUGAUGAGAAUCUGUGCCAUGGGCAAAGUCCACCCUUGCUCGCGACUCCAGGGUUUCCCGACAGGUGAAACGAUCAGUCCACAAAAAUAACAAACAGAAGACAGCUUAAUCAUAAUAGCCAUAGGAUUGUUUUGCAUCUGAUAGCUGCUCUACCAUGCCCAGGCUCAGUUUUUAUUUUUAUACCCAUUUUCUUGGCACUCAAAUACACAUAAUCAAAGAGAGAUAAUUGGAAAAGUGAUACAUUAACUUUUAACAAAUCACUUGAUUAACAUUCUAUAUUUUUGUAUUGUGAUUAAAGACAGAAUAAAGGUUGCACACAAGAUAAAUGAUUUUGUCACAGGUGGCUUAAUUUUCUCAUUACCCUGUGAGAAGUUUUGAGCUUGCAAACAAGGGAAAUGACAUUGCUUUUAAUAAAAUGGAAUAAUUAAUCAGCAAUUCUUAAAAGACAAUUCAACAGUCAUAUCAUUGAGGUUGAGGGGUACUGGGAACAUAAUUCAAAUUUAAACUGGUGGCUUCUAGGGAGUUUCUGAGUUACUGAUUUGUGUAAUCAAGUCACUGAGGCAUACUGAAGCUUGAGGUACUUGUACUUAUCACACGGGCCUCUAUAAUAGAUUUCUGUGCUGGCUUCAUGAGAAUACAUUUCUGUGAGUUGGAAAGUUUUGGACUUGGCCUGUAGCUGCGGUUUUGCUGGGAAUUAUGUACCUAAAUAAAAGUUAACCCAUAAUAGUAUUUUUGGGAUUGGGUUUAAGGGUCUGAUCCUUUGGUGAUGUUUUAGAGAAUUAGGGUACAGGUGUUUUGCUCUUGCAUUAUUUCUUUUGAGACUAGGGGGAAUAAUAAUCAUGUCAAUUCAUAGGCAAGGGACAUUGAUGAAAGAGGUCAUAUAAAGGGGGAUUGGGUGGGCAAUCACAUCUUGCCAAGGACCACUCUGUGGUCUCCCCAGCUACCACAUGUGACUCUGUCAAGGCGUCGUGGUCUGAUGGCUCCCAGCAAAUCUGUGCCAAGACAGAGGACUUGUUUGAGGUUAGAGGUUGUGGUUGGUUGACAUACGUCAGAUAUGGGUGCCAUAUUCAAACAAGUACUGAAGUUUGGCUGCCAUUCUGGCUCCCCCUAUCCCUGAGUGAAGGUAAAAUCAGACCAGGGAAUAACACUUACCUUUUAUAAGUAAAUCUAGUUCUUUUUUCUCUCUUAUAGUAUGGCAACUUCCUGUAGUCCUGGCUGCCAAUGGAUGUCCUAGAACUUGGAACUCUACAAUUCUGUUACUAUUGAACCAGAUAAGGAUUGCUAUGGAAAUAGAAAUUCCGUUAUCCUGUAAAGAACUGUAGUUUCAUCAUAAGAAGAACUUUUCAGAAAGUGAAGAGAUUUCAAGUCAUUCAGUGUUGGGACUCUGCUCCAGAGGGCAUCUAGUGAUGGCCACGGCUUCAGCUGAAGAAGCAAAGGAGGCUCCGAUACCUUGCAUUCCCUAUGAUAAGAAGGAUGAACUUGAGAAAUGGCCUAAUCCCACCCAUUUGCCAAGGUUUUCUUUAAAACAAGGAUUAAUUCCCAGGUUCUACACGAUGAGCUGGAAACAAGACAUGAAAUUCAGGAAACUUCAUCUAAAGAAUGCACAGCUGAGUGGGAUUCACACAGGUCCUCUAGAAGAAAACUUGUUUGUGGAUCACAGUGAAAGACUUUGCCAUGGAGAAGAUCGAGAACGUAUUUUAAAGAAAUUCUCAUCCCACAUAAAAAUAGCUGAUAUGCCCUUACAUUCUCCUCUUUCCAGGUUCCAAAGUACUGUCAUUUCUCAUGGAUACAGGAGACAACAGAUAUGAAGAAAGGAGAAUAAAGUUGUAAAGUGUUCAAAAUA